AACUAAUACGCUAAUCUCCAUUCUCCAAUGCUGUGAUUGUGUGUUAAUACGCAUUAAUGCACAAUGCACUAAAAUCUUCCCCACCUACAACGGCGGUCACCGAAAAAAAUAGUUUGUUGUAAAAGAAAAAAAAAAAUGGUAAACAACGACGACAUAGGAUUUGCAGCGAAUCACCGCUACCGUCGUAAUAAUAAUAAUUGUCGUCGACCUGCAAGUCUUAUUAUUACUACUACUACUACUAAUAUUGCUACUUUUACUACUAGCAGUAGUAGUUGUACUAGUUCUACCGCUCGCACGACAACUAGCUAGUAGUCAAAUGUACGCAAUUCGAGGACAUACGUUCUACGGCACUCUACGUUCAGUUCUUAUCUCAUCAUCGACGCCACAAGUGCUGACGCGUAACAUUCCAAGACGAGGGUUCAGAUCACGUUGGUCUUCGUGACCGGUUUCUCAUUUUCAUCCUACCAUGUAGGUACUUCAUUUGUCAGUCCGCCACUGAUACAGUGUACUCCGCAGGCCAAGAGCGUCGUUGACUUGCGUGAAGACUGUCGUCUGUUAGCAACGGUACAAGGCCAUCGAUUUAAGUCGGGCAGUCCCUUCUCAUGGACAAGCAAAAAUGGGCGAUUUAACAUUUUACACCGUUACCUACAACGUCGCUACUAGAUCUCCAAGACAGCCUUUAGAAGAUUUGUUGCAAUGGAACGGUCGCACCGAACACCAAUUACCAGAUUUCUGUUUAUUUGGGUUACAAGAAAUUAAGGCUCAACCUCAAAACUUAAUACUCGAUUCAUUAUUUGAUGACCCAUGGACAGCAGCUCUUAGGGAUGUCUUAAGUGGCUAUAGUUAUGUAAAAAUACGUACUGUAAAAAUGGUUGGAUUGCUGCUAAAUGUAUUUUGUAAAAGAAAACAUGUACCUCUUUUAAAAGAAAUGGAAACUUCAGAAACACGUACUGGACUUUUAGGCCUUUGGGGAAAUAAAGGUGCUGUUAGUUUUAGUUUUAAGAUUUAUGGAGCAACAAUAUGCUGUGUUAACUGUCACUUUGCUGCGCAUGAAGAGUAUUUAAAACAUAGAAUAAAAGAUUAUCAUACAAUAAUUGAAAGUCAAAAUUUUGGUUUAUCAAAAAAAACAAUUUUAAAUCAUGACUAUGUUUUUUGGUUUGGUGAUCUAAACUUUCGUUUGGACAAUAAAAAAUUUAAGUCAGCUAAAGAAAUUGUUAGCCAAGUUAAUAAUAUUAAUUCAUCAAUAAGAAAUGCAACAACAUUAGCUGAAAUUUGGACACAGGAUGAGUUAAGUUCAGUCAUGCAAAAAUCAAAAGCCUUUAAAGGAUUUUUUGAAUAUUUGCCUAUGUUUCCACCAACCUAUCGAUUUAUUUUUGAUUCAAGCAGUUAUGAUCUCAAGAGAAGACCAGCUUGGACAGAUCGCAUUUUAUACAAAACUAUUGAUCCAUCAAAUGAAAAAUGUUUACUAGAGGUACUAUCAUAUAAGUAUAUCGAGUCAAUACAAUUAAGUGACCAUAGACCAGUUUAUAGUGAAGCUAGUGUUCAAAUAUGUAGUGAAGAAAAUUUCAACAAUGUUGACCAACCUGUAAUUUUCCAACCAAUAAAUACAUGGCAAUUAGAAACAGAAAAUGAAAUCAAUUUGCAAAUAAAAAAUUAUAUUCCGUGGGUUAACGAUUGGAUAGGUGUAUUCAAAGAGAAAUAUACCAGCCUUGAUGAUUAUUUAUCAUAUGUUUACUUACCUUUAGAAACCAUUGAACGUGAAGAAUCAAAUGACGAGAAUAUACAAUUUGAUAAUAUGGCAUCUCUGUGUAGGGUAAAAUUCCUUCCUGAAGAAUGUUCAGAUGGUUCUAAAAGAGUGUGUUUGAAAUUUUCUGAAACUUUGGUGCUAAAUCCAGGCAGUUAUAGACUAAUAUAUUUUAGUAGCAUUAAUAAUUCAGUGCUUGGAGUAUCAAAUCCAUUUAUUGCUACCAAACAAACACGCGAGUUAAACACAUCUCAUGAAUUUGGUUGGUAGAAUUUUGUUAUUUCCCUAUUUUCGUAUUAUUACAAUGUUAUCUAUUUAAUGAGAAGGGGAAUUAUUUUAUAUUUGUUGAUUACGUACUUACUAGUUAUGUUUUAAAUUUAUAUUGUAUGUUUUUGUUUCAACAAGUGUUUAUUAUUUGCUCAUACUAGUAUUUAGAAAUUAUCUGUGAUUCAGGCUGUAGCUAUACAAGAUGAUUUAUAUAGCACUGGUUUUAAAUAUAGAAUAAUUAUUGAAAUACUUGUCCAGUUAUAUUUUAACAAAAUCAAAAUGUUACAUUAAACAUUCUAUAUAGUUCCAGCAAUCCAGUUUAAGUUCAUAUGGCUAAUAAUAUUGAAUACAAAAUGUUUAAGUUUUGAUAUUUUAAGAGUGUAUUGUAUUUUUAUUUGAAUAUAUUGUAAACCAUUUU